AUGGCGACGGUUAGGCGAAUCAUACCUCACACUGAACGGGGAAAGGCGACCCGACAAAAUUAUGUGAAUAUGUACGCGGAGGCGGGGACGCUGGAGACAGGGAGCGACGACGAGUUCAUGCCAACCGUGCUCUACGGUCAGCUGCAGUCACCACGAAACGCGGUAACGCCAGGGGGGUCGACUAUACCGAACGAUGGGGCCGAUGCGGAGGAGGAUGACGAGGCAAUCCCUGCUCAUAUAUUGAACAACGACUGGAGCUGGCUGGAGUUCGGCGACGACGGCAGCGAAGACGGGGCUUCGGCGGAUGUGGAAGAGGUGCCGCAGAAGGUCAAGGCUAAAACGCCACCUCCAAGUAGUGACCCUGUCCCGGCAAACCAUACGCCGGCUCGCCGCGAAGAGGCAGCUCCUGCUCGGGGGUCAGGCGUGUCCGGAUCUGCCGGCGGUGAAACCCCUGAGGGUGCGCGGGUGGAUAGCGGUGCGAACAAUGAUGCAAGCCGUGUUGCGACACUGGAGGCGGAGCUGCGGGCAUUGAUGGGGAAAGUAGCCCAGCUCAGCGGGCAAGUCGUUAAGAGGCAAGUGGAGCCGGAGGGUCAAAGGGGGCAAAAUGUGGACAAACCCGCUGAGGCCGUUGUCGAGAGUCAGCCGCCGGUUCCGGUUGUCACCAAGCCAGCAGCAACACCCUCUCGGAAACCCCAGGUGGCCCCUACCGUCAGGGCAGACCGUGAAAGCCCUGACAACCCCGCGUCCAAGGGCACUUCAGAUGUGCGGAAGGAUAGCCAGCGGCUUUCCGGCAGGAAGGAUGCACCCCACCUACCGCCGAAUCCGCUGAUGUAUGAUCCGCUCCUUGCAUCCCCAAUCACGCAACCGGAAAGCCGUGAGGACGAUGGUGACCGUCCCAGCACACUGGAUGCGCGGCCUCUGAAGCGUAUGCUAUUCUCAAACCCCCUGGAGUCUCUUCUCCGUACCGAGCUCCCACCCACGCAGGAUGACUUGGGGAGCGGUGGGAGCCAUGGAAUGGGGAGGACCGAUGAACCUAUCCUCGACAGGCAGGGCAAUACACAUGGCACAAACAUGUCCUCUCAGCAUUACAAGGAGGGGCCAAGGCGUUUUGGCGGGAAGCGGGGCAGGGGCGACGAAAGCGUUAUCAUUGUGGUUGAUUACGACCUGGAAGAGCGGGUCCCCGGUCUACCGCGCUCAAUGCCUAAACCCAAGCCAUUCAGGGUCUGCAUCAAGGUUGCUCGGUACCCCUCGCUUGCCCCCCCUGCCCCUCGCCUGCUCAUUCUGGACCUUGCUUACUCGUGA